AGGCAAUUCCAUGUGCUCACAUGGCGAUCAUUGCUUGCUUGCCUGUUUGCCUGUCCAGAUAAUAAUAAUAAUAAUAAUAAUAAUAAUAAUAUUAUGAAAAGAGAAUUUUCAUAUUACAUUUUCUUCCGAGAGAGAAAGAGAAAGAGAAGAGAAGAAUGGAGAAGAAGAUCGGCGGUGAUGGGUUUGUGAGAGCAGAUCAGAUUGAUUUGAAGAGUUUGGACGACCAAUUGGAGAAGCAUCUCAACCGGGCAUGGACCGUGGAGAAGAAGAACACCACCAGUACCACCACCAAGAAGCAGCAGCAGCAGCAGCAUGCACUUGAUGAUUCCUCUUUACCACCCAUUAUUGCCUCCUCCGUCGUGAGGAGGCGGGAGGAGUGGGAGAUCGACCCAACAAAGCUAGUCAUCAAAGGCGUCAUCGCUCGCGGCACUUUCGGCACAGUCCGCCGUGGCAUCUACGACGGUCAGGAUGUAGCCGUUAAGAUGCUGGACUGGGGAGAAGAAGGAGGGCACAGGUCAGAAGCUGAAAUAGCAUCCCUCAGGGCUGCUUUUACACAAGAAGUUGCCGUCUGGAAUAACCUUCACCAUCCCAACGUAACUAGCUUCAUCGGAGCAAUCAUGGGUUCCUCCAGCCUCCAUAUACAGACCGAAGGCGGCCAAAUAGCCAUGCCAAACAGCAUAUGCUGUGUCGUUGUCGAGUAUCUCGCCGGAGGCACCUUGAAAACUUACCUUAUCAAGAACCGCAGGAGAAAGUUGCCUUUCAAAGUCGUUCAUCAGAUUGCUCUUGAUCUCGCAAGAGGCUUGAGUUACCUCCACUCCGAGAAGAUUGUUCACAGAGACGUCAAGACCGAGAAUAUGUUAUUGGACAAAACUAGAACAGUUAAGAUCGCCGAUUUCGGUGUGGCUCGUGUCGAGGCUUCAAAUCCUAACGAUAUGACCGGAGAGACCGGUACACUGGGUUACAUGGCUCCCGAGGUACUCAAUGGAAGUGCCUACAAUAGGAAAUGUGAUGUGUAUAGUUUCGGCAUAUGUUUAUGGGAGAUAUAUUGUUGCGACAUGCCAUACCCGGAUCUUAGUUUCUCUGAGGUCACAUCAGCCGUCGUUCGCCAGAACUUAAGACCGGAAAUGCCAAGGUGUUGCCCGAGUUCUCUGGCAAACGUGAUGAAACGGUGUUGGGACGCGAAUCCAGACAAGCGGCCGGAGAUGGAUGAGGUUGUCUCAAUGUUGGAAGCCAUUGAUACCUCAAAAGGUGGAGGAAUGAUCCCUCAUGAUCAGCCUCAAGGCUGCCUUUGUUUCAGAAGCUAUAAAGGACCUUAAAAACUUAUAUAUCUUAAAAGAUUAUUCAUAUGUUAUCCAUUUCUAAAGAAAAUACACUAUAUUCCCUCCCUCCCUCCCUCCUUGAAUAUGUAUACCAGAUUUCAUUUAUUU